AUCCUGACCCCUCGGCCGCUGGGCGCAUCCGGGAAAUACGCUCACCUGCCCCGACACUUCACGCAUCAGCCCAGGCUCGCCAUCCUCUUGACUGUCGCAAGAUCCUUCUCAUAUUUCUCUCAGCUGUCGACACAAGACCAACGCCUCGACGCCUCAGGCUUAUGCGUCUAUGCUAACUCUUCUACCCGUGUAUCAUCCAAGAUCAGAACCAGCCAGGGUGUAACCCCACAAGUAACCAAAGGAACCUUUAAGCGACCGCCUGCCCGAGUAUUGGUGUAGCAGUCUGGAACUCGGAACCUUAUUAUCAACACCUGUCUUUCCCGCGCAACGAAAUCAAUAGCUUCUGUGAAGCCUCGCCACUGCCAGUCUUCCUCUCGACAGUCUAUUUCAUCACUUUUGCAUAAUGGUUGCACACGGAGGCCACGAUGAAAUGGCCAUGGGGUCAUCGGAGGGAAUGCAUGCGAGCGAAACAUCUGGCCAUGGGGGCAUGGCAAUGGCCUUCUUCACAGCAACCAACACUUCACUCUACUCCAAAUCAUGGACUCCAUCAUCAGCUGGCCAAUAUGCUGGAACGUGCAUCUUCCUCAUCCUCCUCGCUGUUCUCCUCCGCGCCAUCUUCACAGCCAAGGCCUUUCUUGAAAUCAAAGCAGUAAAGAACGCCCUGCAGCGCCGCUACGUUGUCGUAGCUGGCGAGAAAACGGUCCUCGACGACGAUGCCAACUCGACGCAUGGUAUCCUUACGACCAACGGCGUUCAGGAGAAUGUCCGUGUUGUGUCUGCACCAGUAUCUCACAUCCAACCCUGGAGAUUUGGCGUCGAUCUUCCACGGGCCUUUCUGAUGACGGUUGCGGCGGGUGUUGGAUACCUCCUCAUGUUGGCAGUCAUGACCUUCAAUGUCGGAUACUUUCUGUCUGUUCUAGCGGGCACGUUUGUCGGUGAACUUGCUUUCGGCAGAUUCAAUCAGGCCGCACCGCAUUAAUGGCCGCUGGGGCUCUGCUUUGACUUUGUAUCCGUGUCGUGUCGGAGUCUAAUGUUGUGGAUUCUCUCGUAAUACCUGCCCCUUAGAUGAUUCGUUACCCAAUUAGAUAUAUUCCACAAACGAUACUUCGCAUUCAGCCAGGUCCGAUCUCGGUCAUUUGCAACCAGUGUAUCGGCGGACUUUACUUGUCUUGACUAUAAAGCUUAUUUCUCCUU